UCAGGAGGAUCCGUCAACGUCGCGCAUCGGUCCCGACUCCCGACUCUCGACUCUUGUGCCCGGCGAAAAGGGGGAUUCGCGGUGGACGAGGAGGCCGCGCGCCGUCGUGAAACGUGAGAACCUCUCCCGCUUUCCGUGACCAAAUUCGUGCGCGUCGCCGUCGCCGUCGUUGCGGCGCCUCCUCGGCCGAGAGGCCGAAUUCGCGAAUUCUGAGCGAUCGGCCGGGGAAAAAGGAGGGAUUAAAAGAAAAUCACUUCACGUCGUACCUGUGUCGCUCGACAUUCUCUUCCUCCCUCCCGCGCGUCGCGAUACGCAAUACGAAAUCUUGAUCUCGCGAUGUCUGUGUGAUAUAUACGUGUGAGAGGUGUUUCACGAGUAUUCCUGUCCACUUCGUCGUCCUCCCACGCCAAUUCGGAAUCCGGAAAGAAAGGGGUUGUAGACUUGUGGAGGGUGGGAGCGAGACGCCGAAGGUGUCGGAAAGAUGUCCCGUGGCACGUGGCACCGGUGGUCGGUGCUCUUGCUGCUUCUGCUCGCCACGAGAUUCCUCUCCGUGCACAGCCAAUGCGGCUCGUACGCCCAGGACCGGCAAGAGAAGCAGGACAAGCAGGACAAGUUGGCGCUCUACAAGGUCAUGCUGAGGACCUACUGGUCGAGAGCGCGAUUCCCACGACAUUAUCCAGAGUGGAAGCCUCCAGCGCAGUUCGGCAAGCUGAUCGGUCGAACGCACGACUCAACUUACACUCUAUAUAGAUUAGGGGAAAGAUUGUCUACGGGUGCCAGAUUAUAUGUAGAAACCGGAAGAGCCGAUGGAUUGGACACGGAUGGGGAUUCGCCCAAUAGUCUUCACUCAUUUACGGGUCCUCCGAUUCCUCAAGGUGAAGGCACGAGUGUCACUCGAGCCUUUUUGGAUGGCAAUCAUACUCUAAUUAGCAUUAUGGCACGCAUCAAUCCUAGUCCCGAUUGGUUCGUAGGCGUGGAUUCCUUCCAACUGUGCGUCGAGGGCAAUUGGGUCGAUACCGUUACCGUGGAGCUCGACCCGCUGGAUGGGGGCACGGAUAACGGCUUCACAUUCACGGCUGCCAACUGGCCGACGCAGCCCCAAGGAAUCGCUUACAGGAUCACAUCCCGAUAUCCGGCACAUCCCGCGGGAAGCUUCUAUUAUCCGAAUCUACCUCGUCUGCCGCCGAUAGCUACCCUCACAUUUACCAAGCUGCGCGAGUACACCCUGACCGAAUCGUAUCACGAAGACGAAGUCGAGGUGGAAUUCGUCAGCAAUGACAAUCUGCAAGCGAACAGCGAGGCUCCCAGAGGAAUCGAUCCGAACAGGGACCUAAAUGAAGCCAUAGCCGAAGAACGAAGGGAAAUGGACACUCAGAAAUACAGAUAUUGGAGUACGACCGGCAGCGGCCAACAAAUCGUGACGGACAUCCCGCGAGACAACAAGGCGGCGAUCAUCAACAGCAUCGCCACGUCGUACUCUCUGCAGAGACCGAGGUAUACCGCGACCGCGAUACCGCGAACAUCGAAAAUCGUCCUCGAUGGUAAAACGAGGUACAGCGAGACAGGGAAGUCCGACUGGCCGUAUUAUCAAACGUAUAGGCAAACAGCGGAGACGCAGAAAGCGCAAAUCUAUGAGGACAUCCAGAGGAAGAUUGCCAACGUAUCGGACGUUUUGAAUACACGAGUAACGGGCUACUUAUUCGCGAACAACGUGACCAACUCGAUGGAUCAGCGUCAGCAUAGAUUCAGGAUGAAACAUCACGGAUUGACAUCUAAAGGCAAACGAAUUAGAACACGUGCACCGAGAGAUUGCAAGGUCGGCGAAUGGGGCCCGUGGAGCGCGUGUAGUCGCAGCUGCGGGGUAGGCGAGACACAGAGGACGCGGAAAAUCACGAUAAAGCCGCGUCGGGGUGGCGCACCGUGUCCGCCGUUGAAGGAGACCAAGUGGUGUGGUAGCGUCAAUCCGUGCUCGGAGAGUAAGCCGAUCAUCGACUAUCAUUGGUAGUCAUCGUCCGCGUCGGUCCCCUUCCACGAACACGUGUACCAAAGUGACUCGCUCACGGACGAAAGGUCGUGUAAGCCAAAGACGGGCAAGACGAGCGAGGAGUGACUUAUGCGAGAAAUGCACGCUGGGACGCGAAUAUGAUUAAAUAAUUCAAUGAAUGGAAAAUGAUACAGGCUAGAGAAGAGUAUCUUUUUUAUAUAUCUCUCUCAGUAGUCACCGCAACAUGACUAGACGUGUAUUUAUGGGACAUACCAUGUGUCCCAUUUAGAAAACGUAACAUCUGCGUGAUUUGACAAUAUGCGUUACACGAAAACAAUAUCUGAUUCAUAAACAAUAUCUGAUAUUUUAAGAUAAAAGAAUUAGUAACUGUUGCAGCGAUUACAUUUGGCAUCGGACGAUAAUACCGUAUGCAUUUACACAGAUGACUGUAAUGAUCAUGCAUGACGUAAUUUCACGUAAUCCCGUUGCUAUUAAAUCCUGUUUGAUAUAAUGAGUGGCCGUGAUGAGAAAGAGCGUCGAGUCAUAUAAUCGAACGAUAUAAUAUAUUUCAUUACAAUUAGUAUUCGCAGCCAUUACAUAUUUUGGCAAACAAGCGGAGAAGCAUUAUCACAUAUAUACAGCUGCUUUAUUUUAUUCGCUUGUAUUUAUUGUCGUUUGAUGUCACGUUCGUCGAGCGAUACAUAUACAUAUAGAUAUGUAUCGCUCGGACCGCGAAUUGAAAACACAAAGAUUGCCAAAGAGAAAUUCGAAUAGCUGACUCGCGUCGUAUCGCGUUUCCGCGUGUAUCACUAAAAUGCGUUUGAGGCUCGAUUUUCACUCCGAGCGCACGGCGUUUCGAUCUUUUUUGUUUUUCAGAAUAAUUGAACAAUCGGCAUUGUUUAUCGAAUUUGUUACAGCAAAAAUGUUAUAGUAAAAAAAACAAA